AUGAUCAGAAGUAUAUUUCAAAGACAGAUAAGAGGUAUACAUUAUUACCCCUUCGCAUCAACUUCACAAUCACUUAUCAAUUGCAAAUCAUUCGUCGCUGCUCCAUUUUUCAAAUCACUUCACACAUCACCAAUACUAAGCCAUGGACACCUCCAUACACCAAAACCCGGUGAAGAGCUACACAUUACUUUCAUAACCAAAGACGGCAACCAAUACACUUAUGAAGUAGCUGAAGGUGACAAUAUACUAGAUAUAGCACAAGCCCAUAACUUGGAUAUGGAAGGUGCAUGUGGUGGAUCAUGUGCUUGUUCUACAUGUCACGUUAUUGUUGACCCUGAAUUUUAUGACGAAAUACCUGAACCUAGUGAUGAUGAAAAUGAUAUGUUGGAUUUGGCGUUUGGGUUAACAGAAACUUCACGAUUGGGAUGUCAGGUUAAGAUGUCUAAGGAAUUAGACGGUAUUAGAGUUGCCUUACCAGCAAUGACGAGAAAUUUACAAAAUAAAGAUUUCAAUUAA